GAGAACGCGGAGAAACUGCUGAUGAUGGAUGAGAGUGACAACAAACAACGUCCAUGUUGUGUUAUGUUAUCUACACGCCACGUCUUUAAUAAUAAUACACCUUUGGACAACUAAUAAGUAGAGAAUUUGAGUUUGUGAUGGCGGAAAAGUGGACCAAGAGAAUUGCUGCUUUCUUCCGUAGUCCUUUUAUGUUUGUGUCUUCCUCAUCAGCAGAUAUUUUCCUGGCGGAACUACUUCGUGAACUCCGAGAUGACAAAGUCCACUACAUGACUAAAAUCCUCCUGCUGUCGCCACUAUGCGAGCAUCCGUCCCUCCUUUGCUCCUCCCAAUCUGUGGGUGAGGAGACGGUCCUGGAGCUCCUGUCUCUUUUCGUCCAGUGUCCGCCCAAAUGCCCGGCGUAUCGCACCCACCUCCUCAUCGCCCUCACCUCCGUCUUCAUCUGCACCUCCUGUGUGAGCCGACAAGGUCAGCUCUGUGAGGACUUCCUGGACGUGCUCCUUCAGGUGGUGCAGGACACGUCCGACUCGCCAGCCGACCCUUUGCUGAAAGCCACAGCGAGCGAAUGCCUGCGAGAGAUGGAGACGUGCUGUCCAGGACUCAUGUCCCAGCACCUGGAGCUGCUCGCUGGACUUGGGACAAAAGAAAGUUCCAGACUUCACCAGCCUUAUACAGGACUUCAUACUCUGGUGUUGAGGAACUGUGUGUAUAGACUGGCCCUAGACCCCGCUUGUGGCGACGAGCAUCUGCAAGCACUGUUGGGGGUAAAUCCAUUUCCCAGCCCGGAAGCAGAGCCGGGAGAGGAAGGAGCGAACAAAGACUUGGUGGUCUUGUCCUCCCUCCUCAUGGACCACAUGGACACCGUGCCCGUUCUUCAGGUGGGGCGAGACUCCAAGGAUCUGCGGUGCAUCUUGUCUUCCAUCCUGGAGAAUAGUUUUCUUUUCACUCCGCUGUGUCAAGCGACCACUCUCCACAGACUGAUGGAGGUGGUUGCCAUGGUGCCGGCUGUCCCGCCGUCCAUAUUCCGGUCCCAGCUGCUGCGGCUGCUCGGCACCAGUGAGGUGUGUCUUCUCCACAGCACCCUGCUGAUGAAGUGCGCGUACACGGACAGCCUGUUCAGCACCGACGACGAAGCAUUCCUCCUGAAGCGUUUGGUCGUUCUCUCCCAACAUCCGCUGCUCAAGAAACCCGAGAAGCUUUUCUUCAUGGACUACAUCUUGCAUUUCCCCGAGAACCGACCCAUCGGCUGUGGGAGCGGUCCGGAAAGCGUCCCCGUGCUGCUGACGCCCCACUUGGGCAGCACUAUGGCGCCCACCGUGCUGGACGACGACGCUUCCAUGCUGGCGCGCUUCAACCUGCUGGCGCUGAUCUACCAGGAGGAAGACGGCGGCGAGGAGAGCAAGGGGAUGUUGUAUCUCCACCAACACGUCGCCUCGCUCCUCCGCCUCGUGGAAAAAGGAUGCGGCAGAGAAAUGUCAGUCACCUUUUUUCGCGCCGUCUUCCUGUUUCUCACCUACUUUUGUCCCGUGGGGAAGUACUCUCGCAGCAUCGCAGAUGGACUCUGCGAGCUCUAUCGGCGUCGACCGCGCCUGGCGCCAAACAUCAUCAACUUGGCCGACCGGACGGUUGACGUGUUCCCCGAAUGCCGCUGGGCUGCGCAGCUGUGCAGGGCCCUGCAGGGAGUCAUCGUUGAGGCUCCGCCCUCUCACCUGAGCUGGCAAGACCUCACCUGGCACCUGAAGGUGUUGGCUCGGGUGGCGGAAGAAGACCAAAUCCCUCAGCAACGCACCCUCAGCCUUCUUUCCGACAUGCUCACAGCGCCAUCGUCGCCGUUGCGGACGAGUGCCGACUGGCGUCUGGGAAACGCCGUGCUGGAUGUUUGCCGGCGCCUGAUGACACACGCCAGCCUGAGCUCGCUGUUCGUCACUCUGGCCGACAUCCUGCAGCGCCUGGCACGUUGCUACGGGGACUCGGACAUUGAGGAUCACGCCCGACUUUACUACACCCUCCUGACGAGUCUGAGCAAGGAGAAGAUGUCUGGCAUCUUGGCGCAAGGUGCGCGGGAGGAGGGCCAGCAGACCAAGCAGCGCUCGCUGUCCUGCAUCAUGGCGGACGGCGAGAAGCUGAGCGUUCACCCGACCCAUCAACACGUGUUCAGGCUGGACGAGGUAAGAAACCAAAGCCACCUAGAACGGGAGACAUUUCCCGAGCGGACAGACGGCGCUUCAGGACUUGAAGCCUACAGAGAUCAAUUCAAGGACCCUCGCUUUGGCUCCCAGCUGUCUUUAUUCUAUCAUCUCCGCCCCCUUCCCAGCAUGCCCUGCUUCCAUCAGCUUUUCAGCAUCCGCCUGCACUUCAGCUUCAGGGAUCAUCCCUGCCAAGACCUCAGCGACAUCCAUGUCCCCUGCCUGUUGGCGGGAAGGACAUCUCCCGUGGUGGAGCUCAGGCUGAAGCCCCGGUUGCCAGUCCCCACCGUCCUCCGCGCCAGCGCUCUGUUCAGCACCUCCAACGGUCUAACUUGGCACACAUCCCUGCCAGACGUCCACGUGGUCCUUCACCAGACCCUGAGACCUCUGCCCGUCCCCGACACUUGGCCCCCAGCAGACAAGCUGCAUGUCUUUGAGAGCCUGUGGGAGGAAAUCAGCCAGGAACAGAAAGAAGAUGCCAGGAGCUUGUUUUGUUGCCAGAUGCAACCAAAGGAAGUGGAAUCUUUGGUGCAGAAACACCUGCUUCCCUUUGUCGUAUCGGAACUUUCUGAGCAGGCCAAAGUCCGCUUGCUCUUUUUCAUUCCGCCACAGUUUCACAUCUUGAUGAAAGUGGCUUCAGAAGAAGACGCCGUCCACUUCAGUAUCGCCACAGAUAACUGGCGGCUGCUGCCUCACGUGACCUCCUUUCUGUGCACUUUGACCGCCAGUCCAUGAAACCUUUACUACUCAGUGACUGAACAACAACAACUUCUUCUGUAAUAAUCUAAAAGCUGUUGUCACACAAUCGGCCAUCCUGAAAACGUUUUAGAAGCCUUGACACUGACACUUCUUAGCGUGACGGAUAGGCGUGUCCCAAAUUGAUAUCUGUGUCGAUAUCAGCAGAAAGCGUAAGUAUCGGAUUAUCUGGGCUUGCAUGUCAAAUACAAGCAGUUUCCUAGUGCGAAGCUGGACAACCAGCUAACAUCCAAAUUUCCAAUAAACACACACGUUUAAUCUUU